GGCACAGCCCGGGUAUUGCGCUUCCCUGGGACCGCUAGGACAUCUGGAUACACAGAUUGGUGGAGCUGCCAAGAGAUAUAGGGGCGCACAGGACUCUGGAACUACAGAAAUAUCUGGGGUUCACAGGACCAUAGAGCUGCAAAAAUAGUUUGAGGGGCACAGGGCCCUGGAGCUGCUAUUGAAAGAUCUGGGGGGCACAGAACCCAAUACUAAGAUCAAGGGGUACCCAGGAGCUGGGUGGACAGUAGGUGCUCAGGACUUUUUGACUGGAGAAAGUCACUGGGGUCCUGCUGGCAGUUAGUUGUGGGAUGCUGCCAGUUGGGUGUUAGUGUCUGUCUGGCUGUUAGGGAUUGAUUCGGCAGUUUAAUGUAAGCCUUGCUCUCUGCUUUGGCUUGUGGGAGAUUUGGGUUUAUAGUGGUGCCGGUCCCAGUCUGGGACUGGGUCUCUGUGCCGGGUGCCCUGGAGAGCUGCAAGCUCAGGGGUUUGGGUGCUGUUUGGUGGGGUCUAGACUAGAGAUUUGAGGCUUUGGUUGGCGGCUUGUAGCCUGUAGGCUAGAAGUUUGGGGUGUUAAUCUUGUCUAGUAUUUGGGGGUGUUGCUUGGAGGGUACCAGCGGCUUACUUGAGGUUUGGGGGCUACUUACGUUGCUGCUGCAGCCCCAAGCAGUGCAGGGCCCCCAGAGAAGGUGGUCCCGGGGCUGGAGGGCAAUAACAUGGAGGAACAGACUGAGCAAAGCCCCGGGGCCCCAAGUGAGCCAGAUCCAGGGGCCUCCCCGCCCCCUCUGCACCCUGCGCCCCCCACUCACCGGACCACUAACUUCUUCAUAGACAACAUUCUCCGGCCGGACUUUGGCUGCAGGAAAGAGACGCCCGGGAGGGACAGCUCCAGUCCUCUGCACAGCCGCCCGGGAAACCCUUCUCCCAGCCCGGACUCUGACACCCCAUCUGACAGUUCCAAGGGCAGCGACUCCAACCCGGCUCUGCUCCUGGUGGGCAACGCUGUGACCCCUGCGCGCAAAAACGACUCCAUAGUGUGGCCUGCCUGGGUCUACUGCACUCGCUACUCCGACCGGCCUUCCUCUGGCCCCAGGACCCGCAAGCUGAAGAAGCAGAAGAGCGAAAAGGAGGACAAGAGACCCCGAACAGCCUUCACUGCUGAGCAGCUCCAGAGACUGAAGGCUGAGUUCCAGGCCAAUCGCUACAUCACAGAGCAGAGGAGACAGACCUUGGCCCAAGAGCUGAGUCUCAAUGAAUCCCAAAUAAAGAUCUGGUUCCAGAACAAAAGGGCCAAGAUCAAAAAGGCAUCAGGCAUGAAGAAUGGGCUAGCUCUACAUCUCAUGGCUCAGGGACUGUACAACCACUCCACUACAACUGUGCAGGAGAAGGAGGAGAGUGAGUGAGGGGGCAGCACCCCCCAGUGACUGUGCUAAUGUUCUACUACUACUGUGCAGGAUAGUGAGCAAAGGGGAAACUCUGCCAAGUGACUGUGAAGCUGCCAUUCUGCUAUUGGGCAGGAGGGUGAGUAAAUGGGACAGCCCAGUCUGGUGCCAGUACUAAUUGCACUUGUGCAGAAUAGACUUUGGGGAAAUCUACCCAAUAACAGGGAAAUCUCCUGCACUCUUUGUGGUGACCAUGAGACACCCAAUAAUAUGGAUACAAUGAACUCCCUCAGAGUAUGGACCCUACAAAUAUACCUUUUGCUGUAUGGACCCCAGUGUUCCCCCUUAUCGAUUCCAGGUUUUUUGACGGUUCCCCUUUAACUGUAGAACCAGUUUCUGGGCACCCCACAAAUGGAGGUGCUGAACUGCCCUUUCAAGCCAAAGAUUUUCUGCUGUUGGAGUUGUGUAACCUGAAUAAAGAGUGUGUUGUGCCCGGACCCAACUGCCCCGUAACUUAUUUGCUAAUAAAUCCAGAGGCAAUCACACAUUUCUCCUGUGUUUGUGGGAAGGAGGGUUUGGGGUUGGAAGCUGCAGUGCCCUGUGGCUGGAGGGCUGGUAAAUACUGCCAAGGGAAUCCUAAAAGCAACACCUAAAAGGAAAAUCCUCCCAAAGAUAUGAAUUUGCCUGAUGAAAGAAAAUAUUAUUUUAAACAACUCCCCAGUAUCCAUUCAUUCCUCGUCCUCACUGGGUUUAAUGUAGUGAUACACUGA